AUGACUUCCUCAGAACCCUCAAUGGACAACCUAUUCUCUGACUUGGCCUCAAAAUACGAAGUCACCUCCGGCGGCUGCACCCGCCAACUUGCCACCCACCUCCUCUCCCUCCUCCCCCCUGUCUCCUCCACCUCGCACAUCCACGACAACGCCUGCGGCCCAGGCAUCCUCGCGCAAGAACUCCUCUUCCAAAACCCGUCCCUCACCCCCACGAUAACCUGCACCGACUCCUCCCCACAAAUGAUCAGCCUGGCCCAGCACACCAUCCCCGCCAUCCACCCCUCAAACACCGCAAACCUAUCCUUCCACAUCCUCCCAGGCGACGCUCUCGAACCCCUCCCCUCAGACUCCUUCACACACUCCAUAACAAACAUGGGCAUCUUCUUCUUCACCGACGCCCUCCGCGGCGCCCGCGAAAUCCACCGCACCCUCCUCCCCACCGGCACCGCCAUCGUCACAACCUGGAAGGCCACAGGCUACAUGCCUGUCCUGCACCGCGCGCAAAAAGCCGUGCGGCCCCAGGAUCCGCUGUUUGAGUGGCCGAUUGCGAAGGAGUGGUAUGAAGCUGAGCACCUUCAGGAAAUGCUAAGGGAAGCCGGGUUUCAAAGCGUGGCCAUGAGCGAGGUGACUGUGCAUUUUGCGGGGACGAGUCUGGAGGAAACGUGUGGGUUCUUGGUGGAUAUGUGGAAGCAGGUUGGGCCCAAGUGGACCGAGGAUGAGUAUGUCGAGUUUGGGAAGCAACUUGUUGUGGAAGGGAGGAAGGAGGCUGUUACGACGAAGAGGCCGGUGAAUGGGAAGAAGGAUGCGGAAAUUGUGGAAGUGGUUGGGUUUCCUAUGGUAGCGCAUGUUGCUGUUGCAAAGAAGUGA